AUGGCCAGCGCGGUCCACGACGCUGCGAUUGAGCUGCAAGCGCGCUUCGACACGACGAAGCUCGCCCCAGUCUCAUCUGCCCCCGACUUUCUCGAGCUAAGCAGCGACGAAGAGUCCGACGCCGAUGACAACAACACGAGCACUUCCCGAUACGACGAUGAAGAUUAUGAGCCAAGCAAAAAGAAGACGCCUACUGUGGAGCUCUCUGUGGUUGCCGACGAGACAGACCUUGCGGCGAAGCUCUAUGCGCGUAUGGUCGAGCUCGACGCGUUGAAAACCGACAUGCUGCAAGCGCAUUGCCGUUGGGCACGGCGCUGGACCGGCAGCUCGGCGUGUGGGCUCUGGCACUUCACGAGUGGGCUGCUCUACAACGGCGACCUCUAG